AUGCUUCUGAAUUCGCUAACUUUAUGGAGAAUAAAGGCAGAACUUGAUAGAACUGUUCACCUUGAAACUUCUAAUGUCACAUUUGAUAAUGGAACAUUAACAGUUUACGGGAAUGGCGUUGUCAUUCGAGAUCAAGUUUCAGAACAUCAAGCUGACACCAACAAAAUAGUGAUCACUGGAGAUGUUAGUACAAUUGAUGAACAUACAUUCGAAAAUUUCUCGAAUUUGCAAACUGUUUCAAUUGAUCAUUCAAUCAAUAUCUCUAAUUUUGCAUUCCAUAGCUGCACUUUGUUAGAAUCUAUUUCAUUUAGCUCGAACAUAGUAUCAUUGGGCACAAAUGUCUUUGAAGAUUGUUCAAAUUUGAAAUUAGUCGAUUUUCCAGGAUCAUUAUCCUCUAUACCUGCUUUCACAUUUAAAAACUGUGUCUUUCUCGAGAAAGUUGUAGUUGAAACACCAGAAAGAACGUUUCAGAUCGGUGAAUCAGCGUUUUAUGGUUGCAGCAACCUCUUUACCUUUACAGCACUUUCCGAAAAUGUUACAAUCGGAAAGAAUGCCUUCAACGGCUGCACAAUUUUACAAGAUUUUAUAAUCGGAGCCAUUAUAAGCUAUGAAGAGGGAGUUUUCGCGAAUUCUGAGUUACUCAAGCUUUAUUCAAAGGAUACGAUAUCGUUCUUGCAGAAUCCGUUUUUAAUAAUUGUCCUUCAUUAUUUACUGUCAGUUUUGGAGGAACAGUCAAAGAAAUACAAUCUAACGCAUUCAAAGGCUGUUCAAAUCUUAGUUACAUCGUCAUUGACAAAGCUUUACAAGAAAAUUUCCAUAUCGGAGAAUCAGCUUUUUACGGAUGUUCAAAUCUACAGAUCUUCCAUGCUAUAA